GUUGUAAAUAAACGAAUGGCAGAGACGUUAGUGAUUGUGGAAUUACUACUUAAAUAAAUGGUCAAUACGGAAAAAUAUUACUCGACUGUGUAUUAAGGCUAUUGUGGCUACGUUGAUGUCAUUCCUACCCGCCAGUUUGCUGCCAGCCACGAGAGUCAGACUGUCGUGUCACACAGGUAGCUUGUGGCCAAUGCCACAGGCUCGACCUGCCGAGCGAAGUGGACCAUCAACAUUGGAGAGAGUUAGUUGUAACGAAUCUCUCUAGUCCUGCCGCGGCUCUUGGGCUGCAGAGGGGGUGCCCGCGGAUUUACCAGCAGUGAAAGUUGUCAUGUCGGAGCUGAAUAAAGAGGUGGUGGAUUUGGUUUGGGGGAGACCCUCCGGUGGAGGAGUGUCUGCCUCCAUAUUUCGGAGAUGGACACAAGGAUUUGUUUUUAGUGAAAAUGAGCACACAGCGCUGGAGCAGUUUGAAGGAGGGCCAUGUGCUGUCAUUGCACCUGUCCAGGCUUUCCUCUUAAAGAACAUUCUCUUCAACAGAGAAUGUCCCAACUGGAGAGAGAUGCCAGAGGAGGAGCAGAGGACAGCGCUGUGUUCCACACUGAGUGAAAUCCUAGAGUCUGCCUGCUCCAGCCCUGCCACAGAGUUCUGUCUGGUGACCUGGGCUAAGGGACAGAGCCCACAUACUAGCACACAAUCAAGCACACAGACUAACACACAGACCCAGUCACAGUCCCCGUCACAAACAGAAGACGCGCCAGAGCCAGAGAGCAGUCAGCCACCACAGGAGCAGCAACCCACUGCUUUGGCUGCUGAGGACCUUGGCUUUGAGCAAUUUCACAGUGUUCUGCAAAAGCGAACUGUAAUGUCAGUUUCUGGUCUCAGAGAGGAGGUGCUGUCUCUCUACCACACCUGGAGGGGGUGCUGUGGAGUCUUGCUUUUCCUCUACUCUGUCAUCCUGACCAAGGGCAUAGAGAAUAUCAGAAAUGAGAUCCAGGACACGAUGGAGCCGCUCAUUGACCCUGUGCAUGGCCAUGGAAGCCAGAGCCUGGUGAACCUCCUUGUGACUGGUCAUGCUGUAUCUAAUGUCUGGGAUGGAGACAGGGAGUGCUCUGGCAUGAAACUGCAUGGUAUUCACAAACAGGCAUCAGUUGGCUUCCUCACACUAAUGGAAUCCCUUCUCUACUGCAAGGUCGGGGCAUUCCUCAAGUCUCCAAAGUUCCCUAUUUGGAUCCUUGGCAGUGAAACCCACCUCUCUGUGUUCUUCACAAAGGAGAUGUCACUGGUAGGCCCAGAGUCGCCAUCAGAGCAGGCAAGAAGGGUCUUCCAGUCAUUUGAUCCUGAAGAUAAUGGCUUCAUCGCAGAGUCUCUGCUGGAGGACGUGAUGAAAGCCCUUGACCUUGUCUCAGAGCCCGAGUAUGUCAGUCUGGUGAAGAGUAAGCUGGAUCCAGAGAGUUUGGGCAUUAUUCUCCUGGGCCCGUUCCUGCUGGAGUUUUUCCCUGAUCAGGACUCAGGAAUCCCAGACUCAUUUCCCAUCUACCACUACAACGGGCUUAAACAGUCCAACCACAACGAGAGGGUAGAGUACGUGGAGGGAACAGCUUUGGUGCUAGGUUUCGAAGACCCCAUGGUUCGCACAGACGACACUCCCGUCAAGCGCUGCCUACAGACCAAGUGGCCCUACAUCGAGCUGCUGUGGACCACUGACCGGUCCCCGUCACUGAACUAGUACUAACACAGUCUACGUGUGUGUCUGUAGAUGGGGAGGGAGCACUGCUACUACUACACACAUGCACUACCCAUCUAUGGCUUCCCCUCUGCACGCUGACCCUGCAUGGUCAGCAGAAUGCAAAAACUGACACAUGUACAACAAUAAAAACACAAAUGCACAUGAGAGACUGAAACAAACAUACAUGUGGACUAAACUUUAAUGCCUGAGACUCAUUCUGUCAUCCUCAGUCACUCAUUCCACAGACAUGCAAACCCACCUUAUACAGUCCAUGCUAUUGUCUGUUCACCAUGGCUUGUAAAUGACACACAGGAUGUUGAUGAUGAUUAUUUAAACUAAAAAAAAAGCUGAAUGACUGUUUAUUUUUACAGCUCUGCUCUGUGCCGACUCAUCUGCUACAGUAUAGCAGUAGAAAGCUAAAAGAGAGCAAACUGGUUUGGUUCUAGUGUUAACCACAUGUACAGCCAGUUGACUGUGAAACACUACUGUUAACCCAGCUACAGGACUGUUUGAGGGAAAAAAAACCUACCAAAGCCUUCCACAUAUGAGAACACAAACACUAACACUGCUAAGCGUUUACAGGAUAAAGGGACCAACACAAGACACAGAGAGCUGAAGGUGAAGCUGGAUUUGAAGCUGGUUUAGGUGCUUUGUGUAAGUGUGAGUGCGUGCAUGUGCAUCAUGCAUCACACUAAGGACGCUGGCCGAGUGCUCAUGUAUUUAUUAUCACACUCAAAGGUUCUGGAAUAAACACUUUUUUUGUUCAAAUGCUGUGUUUUUUGGUAGAUUUAAAAUCAAAAAUGUCCUCCUUUGUGUGUUUUUCUCAUAAAUAAUGUCCUGACCCUGA